AUGGGAAAUAAAAGAAAUAGAGGUGUAAACAAAGGAAAGAAUAGGCAUCAAGAUGUCUUUCCAAAGCGGAGAAAGAACGUACCACUCGAAGAGCCUGGUCAAUCAACCCAAUCAAAUGGCUACCACGCUACCUCCUCAUCUUCGCAAGGUGUAACUGACAGUGGCAAUAUUGAUAUUGAAACUGGAAAUCAACUAGGAGAUCCCGAAUCGGAUUCGGAGACUGAGCAAGUACUAAUGACGGGUGUCGCUGGACCUUCGACAAAUGGUCAUGCUAUUAUGGUAGAGAAACAUUCCGAAGGCGAUCGUAAGAAACUUGAAGAUAUUUUACAAAAGGAAGACGGAGAGAGUGAUAACGAGGACGAGACAAUGACUGAUGCUGAGCCGAGUCCUUCACCAGAACCAACUUUUACAUAUUCACAAGAGGGAUUAUGUAUAGAUUGUAAGGACCAGGAGGCAUCGUACUUUUGCGAACAAUGUGAAGAUAAUUUUUGUGAAGUGUGUUUCGCGAUGAUUCAUCGUACAGGCAAUCGAAAAAAUCACCCAACCAGAAAAUUAAAAAGUAAAACUUUGCAAGUUCCAAACAACAAACCACUAGGAAAAGCUUCUGCAUCUGCAAGUUCAUCAACUUCUGAUCUCGGUUUGAACGAAGAAUUAACUGGUUCGGAAAGUGAACUGCCAAAAACAACAUUCAUUUCAAAUGGAGGGACAACAUUCGGUCAAUGGUUAGAAGAACGGUGCAAAUAUAUUCCAAUACGUUUAAAUAUGGAAGAACGGAAACUGUUAAGAUUACUUGAAGCGGCUUUAAAUGUCUCAGAAUAUACCGAUAGAAUUGAUAUACUGUCAUAUGCAACUCAGUCAGCUAAAGCCAAAAGGAUGACACAUCAAAUUAGGGAUCUUUGUUGGAUCUUAUCUGGACUUUUAAUUGCUCAUGAUUACAAAAAGGGACAAGAACUAAUUGCCGAUCAUACUUUCAAAGAGAACGAAGAUUUCUUCAAAAUGAUAUUCGAGAUUGGAAGACGACACAAAGUCAUGAACCCAGAAAAAAUGCGAGAUGUAUAUGGAAAAUUGAUGUAUAUGCUUAUGGAUUCCACCAUCGACGACGUCCAACAAACAUUAGGUUUAAAUAUUAUUGAGCCAAUCAAAAAUGUACACAGAUUUCUCUCGGAUCGGAAUUGUAUUGAGUUAAUCCACGAUGAACAAGUGAUAACCGCCACCAAGGAAAUUUCAGCAGAUGGAAAGUCACGAGACCAAGUGCAGAGAGAGAUACGAGAGAAGGAACGAGCUAUCGAGUAUUUGAGCAAAACGUACUCGUGUCGUGAUAUCACUCCAGAUGAGAUUAAGUUGUGUUUAUAUAGUAUAGGAGAUAAUCACGCCUAUUUACGGGGUAAUCGUGAUUGCUGUGAUCGUAUGCUUAAUUAUUUAACAACUUAUUUCUCUCCGAGUAAAAGUGAUGACGGCUAUUCGUUAGCUAUACGACCUGGGUCUCAUGGUGCUCGACUCUCUCACUCACACGAAAUGCAAUAUUACUAUGCGAACCAGACACUUUCACUUUGGCGAGAAAUUCAAAAUGAAAUGUUCAUGCUCUGGACGCUAGCGGAUCGUGAUCUACUGUCCGACACAAAUAUGUACCGUUUACGCGACACCGGUCAAGGUCUAAACAGAGUGCAAUCGUGCCCGAACGUCUCAAAAGCUAUGCACGCGAUCCUACAUCGAGCACAGCAAAAAGCGAGACAUUGGGUCGGCAGUUCGGUGAUUCAUCUUGGAGAUAAGAAUGUGCCUAACGCGCUCAUGUUUAUAGAUAAAUAUAAUCAGGUCUCAAGAAUACUUAAUCCGAUCCUCAUCUGCCUAGACUCGAUUGAUCCGCUAGUACAGAAAAACAAAGGAAUUCGUGAUUACAUUCAUAACACAUUUGGAGGCCCUGAGAAACUCAGAAAAGAUAUCCUGGCCGAUUUCUUCCGAUACGCUUUUGAUGGCAGCGGCGCCGAUAAUUUCUUCGAUGCAGGAAGCUGCAUUGAUGGAAGGCUCACGAGCGCCUGGAAUUGGUGCUCGCAAAUCGAGAAGAAGGUGUAUUUCCCAGUAUUUCUGCUAACUGGGUUUACUGGGUUUGAUGGGCGUGACUUUUAA